AUGACCCCCACACCUGUCAAUGCAAUGCGGGAUCAAUUGAUCAGUCAACACAACAAAAUCCGAGCCGCCCACGGCGUUGGCCCUGUGACGUGGGAUGCUGCGUUGUCGUCCAAAGUCCAAGCUUGGGCUGAGAGCUGCCCUGGGUUUACACAUGGGGGCCCCGACGGUUAUCAAAACUUGGCCACAUAUACCCCCUGUGGCACGAAUCCCCCUUGUGACAAGGUGGUGGGGGCAUCAUGGCUAUGGUACAACGAAGAAGAAACGUUCUGGAACUACGACAGCAACACGUGCAACGGGCUCUGGAAGACGUGCGGCCACUUCACCAACCUGAUCAGCCCCGAAGUCAAUUCUAUUGGGUGCGGGUGGCACCAGUGUGGCAACGGCAAUUACGUCUGGUGCAACUACAACACCCCCGUGAAGAAGCCCAAGGUGUCCCGCAUCCGUGGCAUCACCAAGGCCCAAUUGCUGGCGAGUUUAACAGACUAGAUAUUUCGUAUUUGAGUUGUGGUCCUACUAACGUUAAGAUGGAAAACAAUUGCAUGUAUAUACCUGUG